AUGAGCUUGGAGCCUCCCAUACUGGUUCGGCUGUUUGACGAUGGGCAAAUCGACCCGACUCGAAUCCGUGCUGACCGAAGGUCCUAUCCUAGACAAUCCAAGUUGUCCCCGACUCAGCUCGAGGAGUUGCAGAAAUCCACGCACUUUGAUAAGAAGGAGCUGCAGCAAUGGUAUAAAGGUUUCCUCAAGGACUGUCCCUCAGGCACCCUGACCAAGGAGGAAUUCCAAAAGAUCUACCGGCAAUUCUUCCCCUUUGGCGAUCCGUCCUCCUUUGCCAACUACGUAUUCCGCGUAUUCGACUCCGACGAUAGCGGAAUGAUCGAUUUCAAAGAGUUCAUCUGCGCACUUUCGGUGACCUCGCGCGGCAAGAUGGAGGACAAACUGGACUGGGCGUUCCAGCUGUACGACAUCGACGGCGACGGCAAGAUCACCUACGACGAGAUGCUGGCCAUUGUCGAGGCGAUUUACAAGAUGGUGGGGUCGAUGGUGAAGCUGCCGGAGGACGAGGACACGCCCGAGAAGCGGGUACGCAAGAUCUUUCGCAUGAUGGACAAGGACGAGAACGGCAGCCUGGACAUUGAGGAGUUUAAGGAAGGCAGCAAGCGCGACGAGACGAUCGUGAGUGCGCUGUCGCUCUAUGACGGACUGGUAUGA